GACAGAUUAAUAUAUGAAUAUCGCGUGAAAUAGUGCAAUCUAGGAACAAAUCUUCACAAACGAUGUUUCCGACAGCUUGUAUAAAACAUGAGUUGGUUUGAUGCUACGGGAUUUGCCAAUUUGGCAAAGUCUGCCCUGAAGGGAGCCCAGAAGACUAUAGACAAGGCUCUGGAUAUCAAGGAGGAGGAACCAAAGGUUAUUCAGUCGCACACGGACGAGACCUCGGACUUCUUCGCGAGUUGGGGGUUGCAAAACGAGGAGGAGGCAAACAAACGUGAGGCCAAUUUGCAGAAACAGUCAAAUUCCAAUAGUAUCUGGGGCAGCUUCACCGGUUCCUUUUUCGAGCCUCCUAGAAUCAUAGACAACAAUGCGUGGAAGAUUGUCAAGCACUCCAAGUCCUUGCAAAGUCCUGCCAGUCAAGGUGAAGAGCAGUGCGAGAUGGUGUCUUCUGCCUCGGUUCCUGAAAAAUUGGUGACAACCGAUGGAAAAUCCACAGUGACAAAGGCUGAAUCUGUACAUAGCGGAGAGGAAGGAGAGUCCAGAGUUACUAGUGAAUCUGUAAAUAUAAAUCAUAACAUAUCUAAGGAAUCUAAUAGCAAAGGUGCAUCGGAGUCUUGUAUAUCAUCUGAACAAUUGCCCCCAGACAGCGUUGCACCUACUAGUACCAAACUGAAUAUAUCUAAAAGUGCCAGUUUAGAUUUGGAGCAAAUUUAUCGUGCACCAACAGCGGACGACAUCGACGAUGAGUCCGCAACUAGCAACGAGGAGGAAGAAGAGGAGCGGUAUCGCGACGAGAUGACAUUGGAGAACAAUGAUACUAAUCAACCAUCGAGUUCCACUAAUGUGUUCCAUAAUGCACCCAAUCCAGUCUCCUCCGAGAGCGACAAGAAAAGCUUGGAGAGCGUGGAGAUACUUGGUUCGCAGUCCAACAGUGACUGCACAACCACUCCGGAAUCCGACCUCAAUUCCGUCACCAAUUCCCUGAGUCCCUCGCUCGUAGGCAUCAAGGUGAACUCCGAGUCGGUCGAGAUCCUGCCAGACAGUCUGGUGACGUCGCCGAGUUCCGUGGAGGUCCUGGGAGACUGGAAGAGCGACAGCAGUCCCUAUCUAUCCCCGAUAGACCCGAAGACCUCCGAGUCCUCUCCCGGCUUGGACGCGGACGAGUGCGCCACCCCGUGUGUGGAGUGCGCGGACACGUUGCUGCAGCCUCUGGAUCGAUUCGAGGCGUCGUCCUCCGACAUCUCGCCAUACGAGUCCCCUCUGGAGGAGGUCAAGACCCUGAGCACCAGCUCGCAUCCCUACAGCGUCGACAGCACACCGUCCUCCAAUGUGUUCUCCAGCCUGGACCUGGGUAAGAGCCCGUCGCAGCUGAUGGUUGACAGCUCGAAGACCUCCCCGGAGAGCGUCGAGGUGAUUCCGGACGCGGACGAGCUGGACGAAGUCAGUCUGGCCGAGGACUCCUACACCUCGGCCUCCGAGGGCACCGUCAUGACGGUGCUGGAGCCGUUGCAGCUGGACGCCGUCAGGAACAAGCUGGACCUGGCCGACCUCGGGGUGAAGCUGCCCGCGAGGAUGCACGACUCGUGUCCGGACGACCGGCAGAUGUUGGCGAAAGCCUGCACCACGGACAACAAGCUGAACCUGAGCCUCGACUCGCUGAAGGAGAAGCACAAUUUGCAUCUGACCCUGGAACCGAUCACCACCCAGCCGAUCCGCAAGCUGGAUCACCAUCAGUUGGUGGAGAGUGCGAACGAAAAGUCGGAUGUCUCCACCUUCUCCCAGUUGAUGAGCGCCACUAUAGAGCCCCCGGAUCCGGAGAAUUAUCCUCAAGUCGAGAACGCGAAGACGAUGGAGAGCAAUAAUACCGAUCAGUAUUUGGUGUCCACCGAUUCCAGCGGGGAAGGGACUCUGAUAGAGAGCAGCUCGGAGGAUAACGCGACCUUGAUUUGCACGAACGAGUGUCCUAAGGUCCUGGAGACCCCUUUGACCGCUAGUUCCUAUGUGAAGACCAUGCUGGCUGAUGCUAUGGUUGAAAAGGGUGAGAUAAUUGAUGUGGAGACUAUUUGCGCCGAAGUGCCGCGAGAAAACUCACCUAUUUCAUCAGAAAGUCGUUCUGAUCUAGUAAAAAUUGGCUCCGAUCAGGCCAGCGGACACACUAGCGGAGACGAAUUGGAAACCACAACGUCGAGUGACAUCGAGAUAAUAUCUAGUCCAAACGGAGAUUCAAGCUCAACUCAAUCGCGACAGAGUCCCGCAAAAUUGCAAUUGACCAAAGGCGGCGAUCUGCUAACGAAGACUUUGAAGAUCAGAGGUCAUUCCCGCGAAUUGAGCGAGAUCAGUAUAGGCUCGGACGAGACAAAUAUGGAGAUAGAAAAGCUUCUGAAACGAGUGCAGGAGAUGACGGAGAUUUUGGAGGCGAGAGAAUCAAAGCUGAUCGACGUGAGCAGGAUGAACAUGGAAUUACACGAGCAAAAUGCAAAUUUAAUGAAGCAACUCGAGAAUUGAAAACAUGCGGAGCAGAAUCAAAAUAUAAAUCAAAUCACAGACGAGUAUACGCAGCGUUUGUCAGCAUUGGAGAGAAAAUUUCAGCAAGCUAUAAGAGAGCGCGAUCAGUUGAGGAAAAAUCUGGAUCAGCUGAAGUGGGAUGCGGCGUCACGUUUGUCCUCCCAGGAGAUGUCCAAUAUAAACGCCGAGAAGGACGAGAUCAUAAAAGAACUUCGCGAGGAGGGUGAGAAACUCAGUAAACAGCAGCUUCAACACAGCAACAUCAUAAAGAAGUUGCGGGUGAAGGAGAAAGAGAUCGAUGCGACGAUAAAGAGUCAAAAAGAACAAAUAGAGGAGCAGAAUACGGAACUGGAAAGAUUGAAGCGUUCGUUGCACGCGAAGGAGGAAGUCGAACGCAGUCAGAUAGAAGCUGUUCAUACCCUGACGGCGAAGACGAAGAAGCAAGAAAAAGAGAUACUCAUGUUGCAGGAAAAAUUGGACAAUACAGUACAUAAGAUGGAAGCCUACAAGAAGAGCUUGGAUGCUGCGAAAGUUGAGUUAACAGAAAAAAAGGAGGCGUUGCUAGCUAUGGAGGAGGAACUGAAAGAGGCUGUGGACAACGCGGGAGAAUCGUGUCAGCUGUUUGCGCAAGUGGAGGACUUGAAAUUGAAGUACCGUCAAGCUGAAGAAACUCAUGUCAAGAGGGAGGAGUUUCUCAAACACGAGAAUAGCGAGCUGCUGAAGCGAUUGGAAGCCGCGGAAGCCAGGAGCGAAGAGUUAUCCGAAUCCGUCUCGGUAGCAACGAAACCUCUGUUGAGGCAACUGGAACAACUUCAGGCGAACUUGCUGCAUAAAUCCAACAGUUUUAUGAAGCAGGAGAAGAUUCUGUCGGAGAAGAACAUUGAAUUACAAUCGAAAGUCGAAAAUUUAAUGGAAAUGGAUCGUCUUCUGAGAGAGGAAAAUGUCAAUUUGAAGUCCAAAGAGUCGCAAUUAGAAUCGAAACUCAAUUUUAAAGAGAAGGAGAGAGCAAAAUUGCAAGAGUCGUGUGAUAAGCUGAAGGAAGAAAGCGAGCGACUAAUCGAGCAAAAUAAGCAACACCAAGACGCGAUAAAUCUCGAGCAGACGCAUUCCGAUUACGUGCAAGAUUUAAAAAGGGAGAUAGAUGCUUUGGAGAAUAAAUUGGCUGUGGAGAAAGCUGCGACCGACGCGGAACGAAGAAGAAAUAACGCGAUACUGGAACAGCAACAAAACACUGACGAGGAAUCACGAUUUAGCCCCACUCUCAGUAUAGGCCAGGAGUCUGUUAGUAGUGCGAAUAGUGGCUGGCCAGGUUUUAACGAUUCAGUAUUUGAUAAUAGCUCUGGAAGAUUUCCUCCAAUGUCCUACGAGACCAUCAGAGCUGGCUCGAGCAGCACGUCGAUCUUUGAAAAUUUACAGGCUCAACUAAAACAAAGGGAUGGUGAGAUACAGCAACUCCAGUGGGACUUGUCACGGCGGAACCUAGAGAGGGACGCAUUGAAUUCGGAAUUGGCUACGUUGACUUUGAAGAUCGAGGAUUUGAACGUGAAAGUCUCGCAAACGCAGGCUCUAAACGAAAAUCUCAGCGAGACGCAAACCAGAUACGACGCCCUGUUGCAGAUGUACGGCGAGAAGGUCGAGGAGAAUCAAGAAUUGCGACUGGAUUUGGAGGAUGUUAAGGAGAUGUACAAGACGCAAAUCGAUCAGCUUCUGAAAAGGCAAAAUUAACGAAAAAGUUUCCCGAACAUGUUCGCACAGUCGAUAAUAAUUCUGAAAGAAAAUUUUAAUUACGUAAUGUACAUGCACACGUUUUUAGUGCAUGUCGUAAAAAAUCACGUAAUUUUUUCAUCCCUUUCUAGAGCAACAUACAGGCAUAUAAAACAGUUUUAUAUAGUAUGAAGGAUUUUUAAAAUACAUUCUGGCAUAUAUUUAUAUAUAUAUAUAUCUAGUGCAAAUAUUUGCGAACAUAUGUGAUAAAGAAUUUAGAUCCUGAUAAGUUUUAAAUCAGAUCCCUUUACAAAAUUACAUAUGAAUAAUAUAUUAUGACGAAUUAGAAUCGAGAGAAAAUUAAGUGAGCUAAAAUUGUCUUUAAAAAAAUCAAUAGCUAAAGAUAUUACAUCUUAUAACUUUUAUCUGCUUCACAUAAAAUUGUUAUUAUUAUUAUUAUUUCUUGUGUAGUUAUUAUGUUCUAUAUUUAUGUUCUAUAUUUUAAUUUAAUAUCAGGGAGGAUUGUGUGAUAAUGGAUUGUAUCAUAAUGUUUAAAUAUAAUAAUACAAUGUAUAUAUAUAUAUAUUACUG